GAUGUGUGUGGAGCUCGGAGACAUAAGCUUUUUUGACCAUUGCAGAGAAGGGAUUGCUGUGAUCUCUUCUCAAACUGACUUACUGAGACAACGAGGAGCGGAUUCUUCAGGAGCAAGUCAGUCAACCUUCCAGAACCUCAAUCCUGCAAGAUCCAGUAUGAUCUACAAGGCUUAAACUCAUAAUGAGGUGUUUCUUAUGGCUGUUCUUCCUUUCAGGUUCCCUAAGUGAUCCAUUAUCUGUGACACCACAAAGCCUAAGUGUUUGGGUGGGAUCUUGUGUGACUAUUUCAUGCAGCAUCAAAAAGGGUUAUGAAAGUCGAUCUAUCAACCAGGUGUCCUUUGUUUGGUAUUUUAACCCUUCAUUUGACGAUACCCUAAAAAAGUUCAGUGGACAGCUCUUAUAUAACAGCAACCAGACAGCAACUGAAGUCCAUUCUGAGUUUAGUAAUCGAGUGAAAUUUGUGGGUGAUUUAGAAAGAAAAAACUGCAGUUUGAAAAUUUCCCAGCUCCGCGAAAAUGAUACAGGCAUUUAUGGGAUCAGACUUUAUUGGAUAGCUGGAGAAUUGCCUGAGCAACAGAAAUGGAUGUCUAAAGUUAAUAUUACAGUUCAUGGAACCCCUUCAGAACUGAUACAAACGGUGUCCCCAGAAAUGAAGGAAGACAGACACUAUACAGUGGCAUGUUCAGUACCUUAUCAUUGCUUUGAUGAGCCCAUAAAAUUGUCCAUCCAAGGAUUAGAAGAUCGUCUUGUGUGGUCCCAAAAAAUGCCCUCUGAAACCCAAAUAGUAAAGACUGAACAGAGUUUCUCGACCACUUGGAAGGACCAUGGGAAACAAUUGACAUGCUUGCUAAAAACCCAUGAUGGGAGAGAAAUACCAAAACCGUUUGCAAAUCUGAUGGUGAAAUAUCGUCCCAAAGAGGUUAAAGUGAAUGCUGAACCUGGAGCCACAGUCAGAGAGGGAAACAAACUCACUCUGGAAUGCAUCGUUAGCAGCAGUAAUCCGCCUGUGUCAUCUUAUCUGUGGUUUAAGAAUGACAAAGUUUGGAAAAAUGGGCAAUCAGACUCCAGAAGCGAGUUUGGUAGUUUAAAAGAAACAGAUUCUGGCAGUUACAAAUGUAAAGCUAUUAAUGAGAUUGGAAGUUCCGACUCUAGAAGUCUGACGAUCAACGUCCAGUAUCUGCCAAAAAUCAACAUUAGGAUGCCACCACCACCCAUCCGAGAAAAGGACAACGUGGCUUUGAGAUGUUUAGCCACCGGCAACCCUCCCAUCACUGCUUAUGAAUGGUACAAAAGCAGCACAUCUGAUAUGAUCAAGACUGGAUCGGAACUGCAAUUUGAGGCAAUUCAACCCAAGAAUUCUGAUACAUAUCGUUGUGUGGCCCGCAACGAGAUUGGCCAUUCAAAUGCCUCUGUCACACUGAAUGUUCAUUAUUGCCCCAAGGAUGUCCAACUUUUUCAUUUAAAUCAUUUGCCCAUCAAGGAAGGAGACAAAAUCAUUUUGAACUGCUCUGUGGGCAGUAGUUACCCCAGCAACAACGAUUACAAAUUUUUUGGGUCAAGCAGUGACAUGCGCAGGACUCAGAACUCGGCACUGGUGUUCUUGGCGUUACCUGCACUGCACACUUCUUACAGAUGUGAAGCAUGUAACAGUGUUGGCUGCACUUCCUCCCCAAACAUCACUUUAGAUGUCCUCUAUGGCCCCAAAGAUGUCAAGCUCAUUCGAGAACCUUCAGGGUUGGUCCUCGAAGGCAAUUCUGUUCACCUGACUUGUAGUGUGGGAAUGGCCAACCCCAAGGAACUCAGCUACACCUGGUAUAAAGAUGGGCAACUCCUGCCACUGAACUCUACAGAAAAGGUUCUAUUCAUCCAGAAUGCCCAGCCAAUAGAUUCUGGCAUCUACCGUUGUGUAUCAAAAAACAUCAUAACAAAUGCAGAGUCUCCAACUAUUAGGCUGGAAGUGAAUUAUGGGCCUCGUAACGUUCAUCUAACUCUAGAUAAGAAAGCUGUUACUGAAGGCAUGGAUGUCUAUUUGAGAUGUGAUAACGAUGCUUACCCAUCAGUGACUACUUACAAGUGGUACUCGAAAGGAGAAGAAAUCUUUAUGGAGAAUUCCAAAAUCUUAGUACUCAGGAAAAUUAAGGUGGAGCAGUCAGGAGAAUAUCUGUGCGAAGCAUUCAAUUCCAUCUCUAAUAAGGAAUCGCAGCUCAUCACCAUCGGUGUAUCCUACAGCAGAGCUACAGUGAUGAAACAAAGUUUGAUUAGCCUUGGCCUGGUUCUUGCCGUUAUUAUCUCAUUGGGGUUGCUGCUUUAUGGCUGGAAGAAAUGGAAGAAAACCACACGUUCAGACAUUGGCAGUGCACAGGGGACAGGCUCAUUUUUUGUGAGGAAGGCCAAGCGAGAAGUACCACCUAAUAACAACUCCAGACCAAAUGGAGGUAGAGGAGGCAGCCCCCUAGACUGCCAGAAUGAGGAGCAAGACGGCACCAUUUCAUACGCAAGACUCCAGUUCGCCCACAGUGGGUUACAGGACCGUACAAUUUAUUCCAGUGUCAUGCAGCCAAACCUGGGACUAGAUUCCUCAGAGAACAGCGUGAUCUACAGUGUAGUAAAGAAACCUGCAUUCCACCCCAAGAAUGACACCAAGAUGGAUUAUGAGAAUGUGGCGAAGAAAGAAGAAGAGGAACUGCACUAUUCUUCCUUGGUGAAUCUAGCGCCACGUUCCCGUCCCAUCAACGUUUACUUUGAAACAGAUUCUGAAUCAGAAGACAGCAUCCAGUAUGCUGCUCUAAAGCACUGAUCUACUCAAGUUUCCAGAGAUCAGGAGUCUCCCGCUAGGGAGUAGAAAGGGAUUAGAAUUGGGUGUGUCUUUAAAAAAAAGGGCUUUCUUUUUAACAGCCAAGAAUCUCAGAGUUCUGCGCGGUAAAAGGAGAAAGAUGAAAUAGGAUAAAGGGCUAAUAAAGCCAGUAUUUAUGUUUAUAUGGUGUGUGUCCAAGUCAACAGCAGGAAGUAUAUCGUAGAAUGGUCAGCUUUCAACAUACGAACCUAAUUCACUGGUCUUUUUCAUGAUUGCUAAAGCUUGCUCUUCUCUUUCUGAUAUUCAAUCCAUCCACCCCUUAGAGACUAUUAUAGAGCAGCUCAAACUUGUUCAGAUGGAUGCUUUUUUCAGGGGUGGGUUUCAAAAAUUUUAGCAAGGGGUUCUCUGCCCGGUUGCAGGGUGGGCGUGGCCUAGUCGGGCUCUUGCACCAUGGUGGUGGUGGGAGCGUUUUUGCCCUCACUGGGCUCCGCAGGCUUUUCUUGCGCCUCCAGGAGGGUGAAAACAGCCUCUCCAGCCUCCAGAGGCUCUCUGGAGGGUGGAAACGGGCCCAUUUUUGGCCUUCCCGAACUACUGGUAGGCCUGUUUUUCACCCUCCCUGAGCCUCCGUGUGCGCCCUGCACUUACUUGCAUCCAAAACGGGCUGCGUGGGGACU